AUGCCGGUGAUGCCGAUUACAAUAUUAGUAAUUACUGCCAGAGCAAGGAUCGGGAGCGAUCACCUCUGCGUCACAUUAUUUAGGGUGGUGCUGAGUCGUGGAGUUUCGUCGCAGGCACGUCACGAUUCGGACGAUGAAGAACCGGUCGGUUCUGUGCAGCACCGCUGCCGCUUAACAGAACUCUUGAAGGAAGCGGUGGAUCCGGCGCCCGAGAUGGUAUUUGAGAUAAGGGAAAACGAGGACCUAGCAGCGGCCUCCCUGCCGGAGAAGAACGUUAAGUUCAGAGAAGAAUACUGCAAGACGUAUCUUGACCUCGUCCAAGAGUGCGGAACUUCUGGGAUGGAGCCAACCACCACAGCAGUUCAAUUGGAGGAUGGCGCUGUCGUGGCUGUGAAGCCCUACCGCCAGCGAGGCCAACGCUGGUCGCUGAAGAUAUCUGACCACUGUGGACACCGUGGCCUGGUGUCAGUGCGGCUGGACGAGUUGGAAUGGUUGCAUGUCCUUCUGAGCGCGUGCAGGUUCGAGCAGUUCGUAGGCUUUAUCGACCACGGGUUUUUGGGGGUCCUUGACGACGAACGCACUUUCAAACUUAUCCACGGCAGAUAG